AUGUCGGAUAGCGACGAAUAGGAUUUAAGGGUGCAUCUGUUAGACUCAGAUGACUAGCAUCCAGAUGAAGAAUUCAAAAGUGAAGUGGUUUAGGAAGAGAGAAGUAAGACUGUGAUGAAUGCAGGAAAAGUAAUUCUAGGUAAAGACAAUAGUGAUUAGAGAUUUGAAAUGCAAGAUCUAGCAGUAAGGCAUAUGUCUCCUACUACUAUAUUCAAAAAGUCACAGACAAUAAGACCUCUGUCAGUUGGAGGUUCAGGAGGAAACUAGCCCGAUUCUGAUGGUAAUAGAGGUGUUACUCUGAACUCUAAAAACACUUUAGUAGGUAGCGGUAAUCAGCCUAAGAGCAGAGGAUCACAAAUUAACAAUUUAUUGACGUAGCGAGGCAUACUCCCUACACAAUAGCGCGCUCAAUCCGAGGGCAAACUUAGCAAUGACAGUGCAUAUAUAAGAAAACAGAAGAGACGUAUAGCUUGCAGAAUCGUUUGCUUCAAUCUAUUGGAACCGAUAUUGAUAGGACUUUUACUUUUAAACAGUGUUUUUUAUCCUAACUUUGGCUCAGCUCUCUAUUUCGUAUUUGCUCUAUUCCUGACUGGUCUUUGCUUAACUAAGGAUGAGAAGAAAAUAAAGCUCAAGUAGUUUACUUCAAUAGCCAUACUAUUCAUAGCCUUUGCCAUCAUAAUCACCAAGAUAGUUUUCUUAGUGGAACUCCGUAAUAUGGGUGAAUUAAAGUUAGACAGUGAGGAUGUACUAUUAUAUGAGACCUCUGGAAUUUACAUAUAAUAAUCCACAACUAAAAUUAGAGUGGUAAAUGUCGUUAUUAGUGUGCUAUUUGAUAUCAUUGAACUUAUUCUUUGCAUUCUAAUAACAGUUUUGUACGGUAGUCAAAGAAAAGACCUUAGAGAGGGGUUAAAAGCAGAUGGUACUGGAUAGUUUUUACUCAAUCAGCAUUUUGAAAAGCAUUAGGAAACGAUUUGCAUUCUAGCAUUAAUAUCUAUAGCUCUUGACUCAAUAAUGGUAUAAACUGUAUUCUAGCUAUUCAUAAUAAGUAACCCCUUCAUUUUCAUCUUAAAUCAUAAUUUCAGUCCUUUUAUUGAUAAUGAUGACUGUUUGGGCUCUAGAUAAAUAUGA